AUGGAUGCUCAAUAUGUACCUCAAGGAAGAUCAAGACGUUUUGCUAAACAAGCAACAAAUCUACAUCAUUUUCGCGUUGACAUCUUUUUGGAAGUAAUUGAUUUGCAUCUUCAAGAGAUUGAUAACCGUUUUAAUGAGAAGAACAUGGAGUUACUUACAUGCAUGGCUUCCCUGAGUCCUAGAGGUAACUUUUCAUCUUUUGAUAAAGAGAGGAUACUUAAACUUGCUUCUUUAUAUCCCGAAGAGUUUUCAUGCUAUGAUUUAACGGCUCUUGAUCUUCAACUUGAUGUCUUCUUGGAUUCUAUGCAAAAUGAUGAAAGAUUUCAUGAUUUGCAAGAUAUCAAUUCUCUUUCCAUGAUGCUUGUUAAAACAAGGAAACAUGAGACUUUUCCUCUUAUACAUUUGCUAAUCAAGUUGAAGUUGAUUCUUCCUGUUGCUACGGCAAGUGUAGAAAGAGUGUUUUCCGCAAUGACGUUUGUCAAAAAUAAGUUGAGAAAUAGCAUGGGUGAUCAACUAGUGAAUGAUUGUUUGGUUACUUACAUUGAGAAGGAAGUGUUUCUACAAGUUUCUGAUGAAAAGAUUAUUGAUCGCUUUAAAUAUAUGAAAACUCGAAGGAUGAAUUUGUAA